AUGUUGCCAACAAGCGCCACGCGGACGCCAUCCAGCCCAUAUGACUUCCCAUCACCAAUGUCUCGUCCAAGGCGGACCCGAAGAGGCUCCAAUAGGUUUUUUCCCACGUAUCUACGGCGACUGUUCUCGUUCCGCCAAAUGGAUUUUGAGGUUGCGCUGUGGGAGAUGCUGUAUUUGUGUAUCUCACCAGAACGAGUAUAUCGGAAUAUCAAAUACCACAAACAAACGAAAAAUCAGUGGGCAAGGGAUGAUCCAGCAUUUAUGGCGAUAUUAUUCUUCUGCCUGACGACGUCGGCUAUUGCAUACGGGGUCGUGUAUUCCGUGGGAUUUGGGGGAUUGUUGCGGUUGAUCCUUUGGAUGGUUUUCAUCGACUUCCUACUGGUGGGAGCAGUGGUUGCUACAGCUUUGUGGGCAUUCACAAAUCGCUUCCUCCUGCAACACAACCCACACUCGGUGCAACAAUCCGUCGAAUGGGCCUACGCCUUUGACGUGCACUGCAAUUCCUUCUUCCCCAUGUUCCUCGUCACCUACGUCCUCCAGCUGUUCUUCAUACCCAUCGUGACGAAAAACAACUGGAUAUCCCUGUUUGUCGGCAACACCAUGUACUUAGUCGCCACAUCAUAUUACGUUUACAUAACGUUCCUGGGAUACAAAGCAUUACCAUUCCUCAAGAAUCCUGUAGUCUUCCUAUACCCCAUAGGACUACUCUUCAUCAUCUAUAUAUUUUCACUGUUUGGCUUCCCUAUCGCCUUGCGGAUACUCGAAGCAUACUUCCGAACAAAAUAG